UAGACAGAGAGAUGCAGGACUUCUCUCAGUCUCAGCUAAUGGAUCAGGGAUCAAUGCAUAACUCUGGCAUUGACAUUCCUAAGAGGAAGGACAAAGAGGACCUGACAGAGAGCUCCGAGGAUUCUAUGGGCGGCUCUCCCAACGACAUCCGUAUCUCUGACAUGAGGCCCACCCUGGUGGAGCCCCCUAUGUACAAACCAAAGGUGGUGCUGCUGGGGAAGGACAAGAAAGAGUCUACAGAUGAGGAGGUGGAUAAGCUCCACUGUCUGAACCACAGCGGCUCCUCAGCCACCUACUCCGACUACUCUCCCUCACAGGGCUCCUCCGGUUCCUCCAACCCACCCGGGAACACACACUCACACGCACACUCUCACCAACACCAACACGCACACGCACACGCACACCCUCACGCACACCCACACACUCCCGCCCUGCCCGCCUCGAGCAAGGACCAGGCGCCUCAAACACACUGGACCAACAGGCUCCGCCCUCUACUGGACUCUAUGGUUGCCGAUCCCCACCGCCUCUGUUUUGAGUGCCUGGGGCCUGAACACGCCGUGGACGGCCUGGCCCAGUCUCCCUCGUGUAAUGCCUGCCGCACGCUGCCACGUCUUGGCCGCCGGCAUCGUCUGGAGCAUUUCCACGCCUACUACGUGUCGCCAGAGGAAGAACAGGACCGCGUGGACCUCGAGGUGGUGGAGAUGGGGGAACAGGAGGCGGAUGAGGAGGUGCCAUUUGUUUUCGCCAUCCCGGCGGAGGAAGGGCCGGCGCACAGGUCCGCUCGUCAGGACUUCCCGUUGGUGAUGGCCAUCGAGGCGGGACGUGUGGGGCUACCGCUCCCCCCGCCACUACCGCCGGCGCCGGUGAGCCGCCUCGACGUGGCGGGUGACUAUCCCCCCGUCAGUGGUGGGCAACCUCCGGUACUGGGGGUCCCUAGUUGGGCAUGUCUGGCUCCUUCUCAUCGUCUGUGCUUGCUGGGGCAACACAGGACUGGUGAGGGGGGGGAGGCGGGCUGUGGGGACCUGAGAAACAUGAUGCGCAGUGAGCCCAUACAGGGCUGGAGGGCUCCCCCCGCCUGCCUAAGGACUAUUUUCUCCAUGCACACCCUUCGCGAGGUAGAGGAAGAGGUGGAGAGGGAGCAGCCGGAGAGUCACGGAGUCAUCCAGGGCUGCGUGGCUCUGCCGGGGAUCUCUUCUCUGCGCUGUCUGGGUCCUGGAG